AUGUGCCCCACCAUCACAGAGCCAAUUCAAGACGUGGCUGUCACGUUCCUCCUCAACGAGUACAUACGAGGUUCACAAUUUGCAUACCUGCCUGAUGUUUACAGCAAUAUUGAGACCACAGGUGUUCUGUCGUCUACAAUAAAGGCCGCUGGACUGGCGAGUUUAUCGCUUUCUAGGAGGCAACCUGCGUUGCUAGACAAGGCUCUGAAGUUUUACGCCGAGGCCAUCACCGAUGUCAACAACGCCUUACAGUCUCAAGAGGCUGCACAGGGUGAUGAUGUACUCGCUUCAAUCAUGCUACUCUCCUUCUACGAGGCACUGACUCUUCGCAAGCCUAAUAGUCCCAAGGCAUGGUCAACACAUGUGCACGGAGCAUUGUCUUUGGUGGCUCUCCGUGGUCGGAAGCAAUUCCAAUCAAAGAUUGGUCUUGAAAUUUUCAAACAGGUUGCUAAUAGCAUCAAACUAUUCUGCAUACAGAAUCACACGAGAGUACCCAGCCAGCUGUGCGAGAUGUUGGACUUCAUCGCCUGCAAUACAGAAACACAUGAUAUUGCAUUUACUCGGCCAUCUGUCACUGAAGCUUUUGCAGAUCUUCGAGCCGAUAUUGCCGAAGGAAUUGUGUCUGAGCCAGAAGAUAUCAUUGCAAAAUGCGACAUCAUGCUCCAAGUCGUUGACGAUUCUCUACUGAGUCUUCCACCCAGCCACCGGUAUGACCAUAUGGUGGAAAGUAACCCCUCCAUUUCUGGUCAUCGAAAAUUUCAUCUGCAAUUCGGGGAUCACCAUAUCGCCCAAAUGUGGAACACAGCAUGGAUGGCCAGAAUUACGCUGAAUUUGAUGAUAUAUGAGCAGGACCUGAUCGUCUCGAAAAUUCAACACCCGUCAGACACGAUCUUAGCCCCCAACGAGACUAGGAGAGCGCUUAGAGCUCGAAAGGAGGUCAUGGAUGCCACUGAACAUAUCUGUGCUACUAUUCCAGAGCUCUUCCGGUGGGUACCUCAACAAGUAUCAGUUUCCACGGGCUACUCACUCAUUUGGCCACUUUUUGCUGCGGGGGCAAAUCCACUGGUAUCACCGUCAAUCAGGGACUUUGCCAUCACUCAGCUGAAACACAUAGCUAGUGAAUUCAGACUGCCUCAAGCUCAGUGGGCCGGGAAUAUGUUGGUUGCCGGCACAAGUACGGAAAAAUGGAUGCAUAUAUACCAUGUCUUCUGA